AUGGAUACAGUGCGGGUUGCAGUGGUGGGAGCCGGAGUGAUUGGUCUCUCCACUGCUCUGUGUAUUUCCAAACUGGUCCCACAGAGCUCCAUCACCGUGAUCUCAGACAAGUUUACUCCCAACACCACCAGUGACGUCGCAGCUGGAAUGCUCAUCCCUCACACUUAUGCAGAUGCAUCCAUUCACAAGCAGAAGCAGUGGUUUAGAGAGACCUUUGAACACCUGCUUGAAAUUGCCAAUUCCUCGGAAGCUGGAGACGCUGGUGUUCACCUGGUGUCUGGUUGGCAGAUAUUUCAAAAUCUUCCUACUGAAGAAGUGCCAUUCUGGGCUGAUGUGGUGCUGGGAUUUCGAAAAAUGACUGGGGCUGAGCUGAAGAAAUUCCCCCGGCAUGCAUUUGGCCAGGCUUUCACCACCCUGAAAUGUGAAUGCCCUGCUUAUCUGCCCUGGUUGGAAAAAAGAGUAAAAGAAAGAGGAGGCUUAAUACUCACACGACGAAUACGAGACCUGUGGGAGCUUCAUCAGUCCUUCGACAUUGUGGUCAACUGUUCAGGCCUUGGAAGCAGAGAGCUCGCUGGAGACACACAGAUCCUGCCUGUGAGGGGUCAAGUGCUCAAAGUUCAGGCUCCCUGGGUGAAGCAUUUUAUCCGUGAAGGGAGUGGGAUGACCUACAUUUACCCAGGCAUAUCCAGUGUAACCCUGGGUGGAACUAGGCAAAAAGGAGACUGGAAUCUGUCCCCAGACCCAGAAAUUAGCAGAGAUAUCCUUUCCCGAUGUUGUGCUCUUGAGUCCUCUCUGCAUGCAGCCUAUGAUAUAAGAGAGCAGGUGGGCUUGCGGCCCUCCAGGCCAGGUGUAAGGCUGCAGAAAGAGCUGCUAGUCCAAGAUGGCAGGAAACUGCCUGUUGUCCAUCACUAUGGCCAUGGAAGUGGGGGCGUCUCUGUGCACUGGGGCACAGCUCUGGAGGCCACCAAGUUGGUAAGUGAGUAUGUUUGUGCUCUGAGGACCCCUGCUUCCAAGGCUAAGCUGUAG